CCUACAAAUAACACGUGAACAUAAACCUGAAGCAGACUUCAAUACAAAAGAACUAACACAGAGGCUACGUGUGGAGACGAACAACAGGUGAGAGAAGUCUUUCACAACAAGGACAAUAGACGAGCCUGACAUUUGAACCCGACACAUGUGAAGAAAAGAAUAAUGGCAAGAAGGGAGCACUAGAGGUUAGGGUGAACCCGACUUAACGACACUGUUUACCCACCUGAAGAAUGGAGCAACCGACAGACGACAGGAACAAAACUAAUCGCGAUAUUCGAUGUCAUGUGUCUGGGAAUAGCAAGACGAGUACCACGCGGCACGAGGUGUGUUAAAACUGCUUCCUGUGACAAGCGUUCAAAGGAUCAGUGACUGGUUUCCUCUUCCAACUACAAACAAACCAACUUGAUGAUGUUAAGGAAUCGGUUGUAAGCCAUGUCUCCAAAAAAGAAGCGCAAGCACAGGAGACGGCGACCUAACAGUGGAUCACCUGGUGACGGCCGCGUCCACAACAAUGUGUCUACCGCGGCUGACCAGCAGGCUUCUCCUUCUGCAGAGAGUAGUCCUCUACUUCAAGAUGUUGAAGACAAGAAAGGUAACCCCUCGCCUGUACCUGAAAUGAAGAGUCUCAGCAUCCACGAUGUUCCAUCGCAUAUCACUCAGACGGCAUCAGACAGAAUAACCAACGGGUCGUGUGAUACCGAGGAGCAGAAACAGUUAGCAAUACCUGGUCAACCGCCGUCUACUGCACAGCAGCUCCAAGGUGAUCAAAGGCAAAAGACAGAGAGUGAUGAACAAGCACGUGGUAAAUGUCAUGUCCAAGACAAUAUGUCUGCCUCGACUGACCAUCAAGAUUCUAUUCCCGCAGAUAAUAGUCCAACUCCACAAGAGAAGAAAUGCGCCGAUGUACAGAUGGACUCAAAGCAGUCUGAGCAUGUACCGGUCGUGGCGAGUGUCAGUGAUGGUCCACCAACGAUGAAGGCGUCAGUGGAUGUCAAUAGUGUCCCUGAGGGCAACGACCGGCUAUCGUCAGGAAGAAGAGGACAAGCUCCUGGUGGAGGGCGUGUCAAAGUAUACUUUCACGCCAUAAGUGACCAGCAAGAGUCUCUUCUGAAAGGUGAUACGAACCUGCUGCUAGAGCUGAAGGAAAAGACAGGUGCUGAUGUAGAGUUUGACUCGAUGCAAUCACCUGUAUCAGGUAUGAAGAUUCUUAUCAUCCACUGUGUUCCACAGAAGGUCGAGGAGGCAAUCAGGCUCAUCAGUGUGAUGUGCGAUAUUAAGGAAACCAUGUUGGAACAAGCUCAGAAAUUCUGGCUCCAGUGGGUGGAGGCCUCGUUUCCAGCCCUCGAGUCUCGCGCCUACUUCCUGCCUCCUGUCUACUUCAACCGCGUGCCCAUGACUAGACAGUCUCUUGUUGGACAGGAUAUUUUGAUUCUUCAAUCUGAACCUGGACAAUCCGAUCAGCACAACCAACCAGCAAUAAUUCAUUCUACUGUGUCUCAGACGCUCACUCUUCAACCUUCUCCUUUUCAGAACAGUGACGUCAGAGAUGAUGAAGCCUUCGAGAGGGUUUUUCUUUGUCUGCAGAGGAUGUCUGAACAGAACAGUGAGGUUUUAGUUGUAUUGAGUCAGUUUCGCUUUGGGCAGUACCUGAGUGAACCUUGGUACGCUGCCAUGACUGCAGAACUACCCAUGGCCAAGAACUUGCCCAACUCUUUGUCAAGAGACAGACAAGGAGAAUUUGAUAUGCUUGUUAUUCACCGACUUUACGGGUUUGUAGUGUGUGAGGUGAAGUCUUUGGGUAAAAGCUCUGAAUAUAGUAAGAUGACGGACUUAGAAUUAAAGGAUACCAUCAGAAAGAAACUGAGAGACGCCGUAUCACAACUGGACAAGGCGGAGGCCAUGUUGUCUCACCUGGUGUCCGACAUCGCUCCCGGUCUGCGCGUCACUAAGACCAUCGCUGUUCCUAAUCUCGAGGCUAGUACAGUACAAGAGGUCGUCUCUGGUGAUUCCAAAUUGUUUGAGGACAUGUGUCAGUGUCUCAGAACAGAGAAAGUGGACAUCAUUUGCUAUGAGCAGCUGUCUGACCCCAAGACACCCUGGAACGUCAGCACCGAUGUGCAAAAGUCACUUGGAAAAUGGUGGAAGCAACGUGUGGCCAACGCUGGACCUGACAGUCAAAUGACUUAUCUUAUUUACAAGACAUUAGUAGCCAGGUUCUGUGGUCCGGCGACAACAGUGAGUGUGCCAUGCACAUGUCCUCCACGUGUGAGUGUCAAGACCCUGGGUCAGGCCGUGUGGUGGACAGGAGAGUGCUAUACUGCUGUAAUCACACUCUUCCCGGAGCAAGUUCACCUGCUCAACAAAGCAGAUACUAGGGUGUUUGUUUCUGGUCCACCCGGUACAGGUAAAACUGUGGUGCUGCUGCUGAUGGCCAUAGAGUGGCUGCGAGGUGGCCAUGACGUCUACAUCAUAAGUGUUUGGUUGUCCAGUCGUGCAACUUGCACCAUGUUGUACUACCUGCUGGAUCAUAGUCUCAGGAUGCAACAGACUUCAGGAGUAACACCCGGUCGACUUCACCUUCUGAAGUAUGAUUUUAGUGUUGAUAAAGCAACAGAGAACGCCGUGAGCGAAUUGUCAGUGGCAGCGGAGAAAGGGUCAUUGCACGUCAUCGCCGAUGAAACGGGGCUUGAUGAGGGGUCUCAAAACUUCCAGACUUUCUGUAACGAAUUGCUGUCACAAGUUCCUGGUCUCCAUCUGUGGGCGGCAAGUUGUUUCCAUGGAGACGCACCCACCAACUGGCAAGUGGAAUAUUUAACCAGACCCCUCCGCUCUCCACCGGCCGUCGUCAGGGAAGUCGCGUUAGACCCAGAAAUUAAUCAUCACAAGCGUGUCAAGCCGUACAGUGAGCGAGGUGUACCCCACCACACAGACGGCCCGCCAGUCAGACGACUGUAUCAUGGAGGUCAGAGUCACUCGGGUGACUGGCCAGGUGAAUGCAAAAUGUGCGGUGAUGAAGUGAGCAGAUUCCUAAAAAGUCUUCGUGAUGGUGAAACGUCAGUCAACAGAGACGUACUAGGCGAGACAACACCACCCUGUCUACAGUGGAGAGACAUACUGGUGCUGGACUGGGGUCAACCAAAAGACAACUCAGGCAUAAUAGAGGGACUGCAAGAAGCGGGUAUCCCAGUGCGGGUGAUGAAGGAGGAUGACAUCGAGGACGUGGCCACGGCCCGCAGUGACGUGGUGUGGAUGGCGGAUGGAGAUCGUGUUCGUGGUCUGGAGAGAAAAGUCGUCGUCUGUCUGAAGAGUCCUUGUGUUAAUGAUCAACUAUUAAUCAGACUUCACAACAUGUCCCGGUGUACGUCACAACUUGUGAUUAUUUCAUCUGAAGAGCAUCGUUUCGAUGGUGUCUCCCCCACAGAGUAUAUUCGUACCUGGAGAGACUCCCUCUGCUGUGUGUGCUAGUCAUUUGUCUUUCAUUGUUUAUAUAUUGUUUGUAUAGUGUACGUGAAAAGUUUGUGAUGACAUCAUGCACUGAAGAGAGGUUGUUUUUUCACAAUAGGUGCAUUUCCCUAUUGUUUAUACAACUUAAAAACAACGAUACAAUCCUUUGAAUAAAUUAUGUAGCACA